UGACCGGGCUAACUGUAUGUUUAAGUUUUGUGUGUUAUUUUCUUGCCAGACAUACACCUGCUUCCGAUGUGUCUGCAACUAGCAUGAUAUCACACACCAAAAUGCCUUUUGAGGUGCUGUUUUUCAACCCUAAACUUUUGACCAAGAAUGAAACUAUUUAAAAGUUAACAUGCCAACAGAUCAUGAAGAGCCCUGUGGCCUCAGGCACAGGUCCUUUUGCCUGAAUGGGGGGAUGUGUUAUGUGAUACCUACCAUGCCCAGCCCGUUCUGUAGAUGCAUUGAAAAUUACACAGGAGCUCGCUGCGAAGAGGUUUUUCUCCCAAGCUCCAGCAUCCAAGUUAAAACUGACCUGUUUGCAGCUUCUGUGGCAUUGGCUUUUUUUUUAAUAACUCUUAUCCUUGGAAUCCUCUACUUCCUUUGCAGGAAGGAUUACCUCCCGAGGGCCAAUUCAGUUGCAUAUGAUAUCGGCCUGGUAGAGACAGGCCAUAGCAGUGGCCACCACAGUCAUGAAGAACACUGAAAAAAUAGCAAAGUAAACCAAAUCAUUGCUGCUUUGUUACUAAGGCAGAAAAUGAACCACCCCAAGGUAAAAGAAACUAAGAUUUAAUCCUUUGUUCCCUAAAUAAGACUUAAGUUGUCAUACCGAGAGACGGUCUGUUCUGCUGCAAGGUAUGUGUGUUUGUGUCUUACUAGCGCAUCUGUAACGGGAAUGGGGAAGUGGUAGCAGUCGUACAUGCAACAUGCAUGGGUUAAGCAUCAUUUUUCCCAGGAAGCUAAUGUGUUCAGCAGCCAGAGGCCAACUUUCUCACAACUAAAGAGAAAAGGUGGAAAUCCUUUAAGUGCAAGGAGUAGCUGGUUUAG